GUAGGCAACGUUUUGUCAAGCAUAAAAUUACAUUUUGAAUUGAAAACCUAGAAAAAAUGUCUCACAAACGAAUGCGGUAUUUUCUUAUGGAUGAGGUUGUCACCCACAAUCGCAAGGAUGACUGCUGGGUGGUCAUACACAAGAAUGUUUGAUCUGACGCCUAUGAUCAAGGAUCGAAUUGAUCACUGGAAUCGUAACAUGGACUAUCUGAUGGCACAUGCUGGCAAGGAUCUGAGUCAUUUGUUUCACGAGAAUGGCGAACCACGCACUGAGAUCUCUCCUAGCUCAGGGCAUCCUCGAGUGCUGUUUCCGCCCAUUCUCGAGGUGGCCAUCAGCGAUUUUGCACGCUCCAAGCACGCCAUGUGGAGCCAGGAUAACUUCUAUCACAUUGGCAGGAUCACACGGCGAGCACGGCGCCUGCGCAUCAUCAACACACUGACAGCAAAGGUGCAGUUUAUGAAUGUGUGCGAUGAGGAUAGCAUCUAUGACAUACAGCAAAAGUAUAAAGCACGCUACAAUCAUCAUGCUGGCAGCUACGAAUGGCGCAAGUUCUCCAAUGGGGCGAAGUAUUGCGGCGUCUUGAACCUGAACGGCAACCUGGACGAGAACGGACUGACAGAUGCUGAGGAAAGCGACGUCGAGUUGCCGCCACCCUCGAUUUGGCUGUACUACACCGAUGACUUGACGAUUGCUUGAUUGGCUUUUGGUUUUUAUUUUAUUAUUGGAAAAUUUGUUGUGUGCAUGUCUGCAAGUAAAGCGUAUUUCAAGCUA